AUGUGCCUGACAAACACACACUCCCAGCUAGAGGACGGACCUUGGACACUACACUUUCUCAAUCCCAAGAGCAGCGCUUUACUUUGGAGGUCUCCUAAGCACCUGAGCUUCACUAUCUUCCCCGGAGAAGCUACUACUAUUACAGCAACCAUGAAAGCCAUCAGCCCCGUGAGAUCUAUGGCCAGCUGUUACCAGGCUGUGUGCUGCUUGUCUGAACAGUCCCUGAGCAUUGCCAGAAGCAGCGGUCACAAGGGAUCAGAAGAGCCCAUGGGUCUACUCUAUGACAUGAAUGACUGCUACUCCAAGCUUCGGGAGCUAGUGCCUGGGAUUCCUCAGGGGAGCAAACUCAGCCAAGUAGAGAUCCUCCAACAUGUCAUUGACUACAUCUUCGACCUGCAGAUAGUGCUGGGGGAAGAACAGGACAACCCCAUCCUCUCCUUACAGAAAUCUGACUUCUCAGAGGUGACAACGAAAGGAGAUGCCAGCAGCAUCUGCCACUGACCAUGCCAAAUGCCAUGGUGUGGGAAUUUCAUGAGAAGAAAAAAAAAAAACUUUUCCAUGAAGCAACAGAUUUGAAGAUGGAAGAAUUUAACUCUUUCAGCAAUAAAGAAGACUUUAGUAUUUUAUCCCACAAAAAGACUUAUUCCCUCAAACUCCAUUCAAAGACCAAUCCCUAUAUCCACAGCGGAAUGCUGCGACACCCAUAGACCAAAUGUCUGAAGUAUUAGAAGAAAUCUCUUUAUUUUUGACAUUCCUGUCCAAUGUGGACCAAAAGCCAUGAUCCCAGUGUCCUGACUUCCCAGGACCACAUUGAUUUGUACCCCGUGUAUUAAGAGCUGUAUAUUUUUUGUACAAUGUAUUACUUUAUAUGCCUUCCUCUAUCUUGUAAAGACAUAGAAGAAGAAGCCUUAAUCUGAGGCGUGGACCCCAGAAUAUCCCUCUCUCUAAAGUAGAGAAUUAUGUGUUGGAACUGAUCAGUUUCAGAUGUUAGAAAAAAAAGAAACUUUUUAUAAAAGUUGUUAAUUCUUGUUUGUAAAUAAUAAACUAAAUCUUAUUUUU